AAUAUUAAAAAAACAUUUUUUUUAAAAAAAGGAAAAGGGAAAAAAAAGCUUCAACAGUCGUCAGUCUCUAAAAAUCAUUUAGUUUCCUCUGUUUUCACUUCCAAGAACAGAACGAUCUCUCUCUCCCUUUCACACACACACACACACGCCCGCGCUGAUUCUGCAGGUUCAGUGUCGCCGGAAAACUGAUCGGAGACAAUGGCGAAGUGUCACCGUAACAAUGUCGGAUCUCUCAUCCUCGACCCUACUCCCGCCACUUCAUCCUCCUCCGGCAACCAUUUCCGUCUCUGGAGAUCGUCAUUCCGCCGGAAAAUCUUUGAUGCCGUCAGCUGCGGCGGAAGCUCUCGUUACCGUCAUGAGAUCGGGGAAGAUGACGACGGCUGCGAAGGUGGAACCGCGAUUGGUGCGAAAGCGAAGACGCUUGGAGCGGCGUUGAACGGCGUCGGUUUCGAGGGGAAACAGAGGAAAUCUCGGGAGAAGAAAGAGGCGAAAUCGGAGAAGCUCUGUGAUUUGUUGAACCUGGCGGAGGCAGAGGCUGACGUGGAGACGAGGAAGAAGGAGGAGGCGCUCGAGGAGCUCAAGCGCGUGGUCAAGGAGUUGCAGAUCGCGGCGGCGGCGCGUGGGACCCACAACGGCGGAGAAGGAGGAGGAGAGAGGGAACUAGCGGCGGCGAGGAAAGUGCGUUUGCUGGCGAAGGAAGACACGGAGGCGAGAGUGACGCUCGCGAUGCUCGGCGCGAUCCCUCCGCUCGUCAGCUUGAUCGACGACUGGCGAACCGCGGACGCGGAAGCUCAGAUCGCUUCUCUCUACGCUCUGCUCAAUCUCGGAAUCGGAAAUGACGGGAACAAAGCAGCCAUUGUUAAAGCGGGAGCUGUUCACAAGAUGCUGAAGCUGAUCGAAUCCCAAAACCCAUCAGUUGCAGAAGCAAUCGUUGCGAAUUUCCUGGGGUUAAGCGCGUUGGAUUCGAACAAACCCAUCAUCGGUUCUUCCGGUGCGGUACCAUUCUUGGUGAAAACGCUCGAGAACUUGGACGAUUCUUGCAGUUCACAAGCCAGAGAAGACGCCCUCCGAGCCCUCUACAACCUCUCCAUCUAUCACCCCAACGUUUCCUUCUUCCUCGAAACCGAUCUCAUCCCAUUUCUGGUAAACACAUUGGGGGAUAUGCAAGUGAGUGAGAGGAUCCUUGCCAUCUUACAAUUCAUUAUUUUUGGCGUGGGCCAUUCUCCAAUUAAAAUGGAUACGACCCCCGGAUGCUAAAAUUUCCCCGUGCUGGUGGACGUGUUGAGCUGGACGGAUUCCCCCGGUUGCCAAGAGAAAGCGACCUACAUUCUCAUGUUAAUGGCUCACAAGGCGUAGGGAGACCAAAAAGCCAUGAUCGAGGCAGGGAUCGAAUCCUCGUUGCUCGAAUUAACCCUCCUAGGAAGCGCAUUGGCCCAGAAGAGAGCGUCGAGGAUACUGGAGUGCCUAAGAGUGGGCAAGGGGAAGCAAAUUUCCGAGUCCGAGAAUCCCCGAGCGGUAUCCGCACCGAUUUACGGGACCUCAUCGUCGUUAUUACCGACGAGCAGAGUCCCAAAAGACGGGAUGAGUACCGAGAUGGAUGAGAUGAUGAGCGAGGAGAGGAAAGCGGUGAAGCAGCUGGUUCAACAGAGUCUACAGAACAACAUGAAGAGAAUAGUGAAGAGAGCGAAUUUGCCUCAAGAUUUCGUGCCCUCGGAGCAUUUCAAGGCCCUCACCUCCAGUUCCACCUCCAAGAGCCUGCCUUUCUGAUCAAUGUCAGUCAUCAUCAUCGAAGACAUGGUAUAGGUUAAAAACCUAGUGUCCAGGGUUAGGUAGAGGAUUCUCUCACUUUGGAAGUCUUCACUGAGAUACAUACUUCACAUGUAUGUCUCUCUCUGUGUUUUUUUUUGAGCUUGUUGGGUCCCACUUCUCGGAGGUAAGUGAAAUGACCGAACUGCCCCUUGCGAAGGUCAUUUUCCUCCCUUUAAACGUGCCAUGGUCCACUCCCUUGCUGUUACCCAUAUGAGAGACUCUUCUUCCUUUAGCUUCUUUUUCUUUAUAAAAACAAUAAAUACUUGGCAAAGUUAAGGUAAAACUUUUAUAUAUAUAAAGCCACCACCUUUGUUCAUUUGGAUUUGUAAUUUUCGUAGCGAUAAAGAUUAUCCCUUAAAUCUA